AUGUAUACUUAUGAUUGUUAUCCAGUUGUUUCUACUUCAAAAUCUUCUUCCGGAUCAGGACGUCAGCGCCACUUUUACGACGAGGUCCAACUGGAGCUACUGGAAGCAGAGUUCACCAGAGAUCCAUUUCCCAAUCGAGAAGGUCGUCGCCACAUCGCCCAGUUGAUUGGCGUCUCUGAGAAAUCAAUUAUGUGGUGGUUUCAGAAUCGCCGUCGACGAGCCCGCCAACUUGGAUCAUCACGAGCCGCAACUUCAACUCGCGAAACAAAUCGCCAACAUCGUCGAUCACCGCCUUACGUUUAUCGUCAACGUCAACAAGAUACUUACGACUCCACUCAAGUCCUUCCAACUCCUGGAUUCUAUUCUCAUCCACCGGUAGUUCCAGCCCCCGUGGAACCAAUCAACUACUCGACGUCCGGAUCAUCAUCGUCCUCUCCACUUCAAUCCGAAUGGCUUCCUUCCAGCUGUCCACAAGACGUCGUUAGUCCCCAGUCCAACUACAAUAAUUCGGAUGGAACGCAUCAGCAACCUCAGCAACAAGACUAUUCCUCCUACUACUGGAAAAACUGGGAAUACUCUCCUCCUUUCUAUCCAACUUCUUUGACAAAUUCGACUUUUUAUUCCAACACUGUUCCUGAUCCGUUUUCUUCGUCUUACAGUUACUAUUCACCUGAAACAACAAAUCCGUAUUAUUAUCAGUCCUGCAUGUAA